AUGCCUUCCCCGAUGUCGCGAAACUCUAACGCUUCGUCGCCAAUCGAUUCGAGGAGCGGAUUCUGCCCGAAAACAAAGAUCUAUCAGUGUCUCAGAUCUCCAGCACCACUUCCACAAGCAACCACACCGCUCUCCGUCACUAAUUACGUAUUCUCUCUUAUCAAUUCCUUCCCCCUGCCACCGACAAUCUUAGCUCUCCUAGACGACAUCACUUGCAACCGGAAUAUUUCCAAGGCAACAGAAGAAGGCAACUUCUAG